CCUCUGAGAUAGAAAGAAAGAAGAAAGUAGUUUUCAAAGCAUGAAACUUUCCCUUUCGAUCAGACCCUCUUUUAAUCCUCCUUAAUACUUCAAUCAUUCCCUUCUUUCUCUCUGCGUUCCUCUCCUUUACUCUCAAUGAACUAAAAGCCUUGUGGUUGAUAUGUUUUGAUCAUUUAAGUUUCUUUUUUUUUUUUCUAUUUUGUCUCUCUGGUUGGUUGGUGAGAAAGGAAAUGGGAAAAAAUUCUACGGAUUCUAUUUCUUUUUCCUUUUAUAUUUCUUAAAGAAGGAAUUCAAGGAUGGAUCUGAAUUCUAAGUUGUCCAAAAACUAGCGGGUCUUGUUUUCUCUGGUCUCUGUUCAGAAACUAAAAAAACUGAUAAAGCUCACAGCAAAUAAAAGAAGCUUUUUUCACAUCCCCUCCUUCCUUUGAUAGUGCAUGCCUUUGCUUUUUCCUUUCUUUCACAUUAGUCAUUUUGGGGUUCAUUAGUUGUUUGAUUUCUUAUGUUGUCAGGUUGUAUUUCCAACUCCAAGCGGAUCAAUGUUGAGAAUUUGUGAUAUGUCUGUUCACAUGGGUCGAAAGAAGAAGAACAAGCGGCUUCUGGUGUCAAAGGUGUAACCUUUGGUAAAUGGCUUCUUGAUAUUGUGUUUAAUUGAUUUCUAAAUAGAUAUAAUAAUGGUGUCAUCUGAUUGAUACCUUUUGUUGGAAACCCAGGAUAUGGUAAAAAAUUUAACUUCAUGAUAAAGUUGUUUUUACUUAAUUGUUGCUGGAAGGCAUUUAGCUGUUGUUCACUGUUAGGUUUGAGAAUUUUUUAGGAGUGAUGUUAUUAACUUAGUAACUCCAAUACCUUGCUGGGUUGCUAGUAGUUUAAACUUUUAGGAAUGUUGGGAAGUAGUCUUCCUUCAAACAUCUAAUGGAGGCCCUGGGGAAGAAGAGAAAGGGCCCAGAAGUGUUGCCAUCAUGUCGCAGGUCAUUUACUCCUGUAACAAUUGUUUGGUCUCCCUUAUCAUUGGAAGAUUACUCUAGGCAGAAAAAGAAGUGUAAGGAAGAUGAAGUUAAAGUAGCUAUUGGCUCUGUUAGGAGUGUAGUCAGAGGAAUUGUCACUGCACCACCUUGUGGGAGUGCAACUCUGGAUCCAUCCAAUAGGGGCCUUAAGAGGAAAAUUGGGUGCAUUGAUGCAGCAACUACAUUGGGUCGGAAAAAGAAAAUUGAGCAAGAUUAUGAUUUGGGUGCAACAAUUGGAUGUGGAAAGUUUGGAUCCGUUGUAUUGUGUCGAAGUAAAGUGAAUGGUGAAGAGUUUGCAUGCAAAACAUUAUGCAAGGGUGAAGAGCUUGUGCAUCAGGAAGUGGAGAUAAUGCAACACCUUUCUGGUCAUCCUGGUAUUGUGACAUUGAAGGCAGUAUAUGAGGAUUUGAAAUCCUUCUUUCUUGUGAUGGAGCUCUGCUCUGGGGGACGGUUGCUGGAUCAGAUGGCUAAAGAGAGGCAGUAUUCAGAGUAUUGUGCUGCUAAUAUACUCAAGGAACUGGUUCUAGUUAUCAAAUAUUGCCAUGAUAUGGGUGUUGUUCAUCGAGAUAUAAAGCCUGAGAAUAUCCUUCUUACAGCUUCUGGACAGAUGAAGCUCGCAGACUUUGGAUUAGCAGUGAGGAUGUCAAAUGGUCAGAGCUUGACAGGUGUGGUAGGGAGUCCUGCUUAUGUUGCCCCGGAAGUUUUAAUGGGCAAUUAUUCAGAAAAAGUUGACAUCUGGAGUGCUGGUGUCCUCCUUCAUGCUCUAUUGGUUAGUGUACUUCCAUUCCAAGGUGAUACUUUGGAUUCAGUCUUUGAGGCUAUUAAGAAUGUCAACCUUGAUUUUGAGAAUGGAGUAUGGAGAUCCAUCUCUCAACCUGCACGGGAUCUGGUUGCCCAUAUGCUGACAAGAGAUGUUUCAGCAAGGUUAACUGCUGACGAAGUAUUAAGGCAUCCAUGGAUACUGUUCCAUACUGAAGCAUCAUUGGAAAUGGUUGCUUUGAAGCCAGGAAUGAGAAACCAUGGAAGGCUGACGUCCCAACAACUGACUAUCUCACCCAGGGUAGUGUCAGAGAGAAACAAGGAAAUGCCAAGUGGCUUUCUUAAUGAUGAUUGUUUCUGCUUUUUAUCAUCUGAUAGUUCAUCUACAACAAGGUCAGAAGUGCAGGACUGCAUGUUGGUUGAUGCUCUCACUGUUGCGAUUUCACAUGUGAGGAUUUCUGAACCAAAAAGAACCAGACUAUGUGGCUCCACUGGUCCUGUUCCGCAAGAGUGUUCUUCUAACGUUAAGAUCAACAACCUCUGUACAGCAUUUUGAGUCCGCUGUACAAAAGUGCUGACAAACAUGAAAAGAUAGCUCCACAUGAUUGAAGCUUUGACCGGAUGGCAAAAACUAAAGACAGUUAGAAUAAGCUGACUCUUUUAAUUGGUAUGAUGUGGAUAACUUGACUUGCUGUUAAAAUAUGGUUUGCAGAUUUCCUAUGUAAAUAGAAAGUGCACGUUAUUGGAUACUGCCUAUGUGUUGGAUGUGCGGUUCAGUUAAUCAGGUAAUUUGAACGUGGGGUAUCUCCACCCUGCUGCCUCCUCUUCCCCCUCUCCCCAUUAUUUUAUCUAA